AUAAGGAUACAAAUUGGGUAUAAAUAAAGGACAUUUAAUAAUUAAGCAUUUGUCAUAAGGCGUAGCAAUUUCUGUGCAAAUCAAAGUCAAGCAAAAUGAAAAUCGUUCUUCUUCUUACGUUUGCAUUCUUGCACGUGUGUACCUGCCGAGAGAUCGUCAAAAAGAACGCGGUCAUUUUUGAAAUCGAAGAUAGUGACGAAAGCAAUAUUGCUUACGACGAUGCAGAAUCCUUCGAUGACGAAAUAGAUGACUCCUUCGAUUAUGACCUCGAGGCUCUACAAUACCCUGGUGACUGCAAAAGUUCGAAGCUAAUCAACUUUGCCGAAAAGGGUGGUUGCAAGGUCAAAAAGGGAAAACAAAAGCACAUUACAAUCACCAAAGACAACAGACUUGUCACCAGGAUUCCUCACCAUGUGAAGAGUAAUGGCACCUGCCGGUCAAUCAUCGAUGCAUUAAAUGCUAAUUGCUCAUAAGACGUUGUAAUGGAAGGAUUAGAUUCUGUAAUAUUCCCUUUAUAGUUUGCAUGUAUUCUAGGCUUCCUAUUAUUGUUCUGUUCUAGAAUGUAAAUAUCUUUUAAUAAAUGGUAAUAAAGACAUUGAAGACCAUUACUAAGCUACUAAUUCGGGCUUAUUUUUGGAUUGCUGUGAUUCAGUUACGCAUAUUCUGACUAAUCAGAUUGAUUUCUCUUGUAGUAAGUCCAUGCCAAAUUGUUUCUAAACACUGUUCAACUUGCAGUAUGUAUGAACACAAACAAUACUAAAAGAUCGACUACUAUUGCAUAUCUACUGGUAAGAAAGUAUUAUUUGUGUUGUAUGUUUGAUGUAUAUCUAAUUUCCGUGUUCUUCGAAUAUUCUAAUAAAAUUCGUCUUUCUGAAGUAAA